AUGACGAUACAGCCCAAGAUCUCAGUGGCAUUCGUUUGCCUUGGUAAUAUAUGUCGUUCUCCAAUGGCUGAAGCGGUUUUCAAGCAUGUUGUUAAAGAGCAGGGCGUUGAAGAUCGUUUUGAUGUGAUUGAUUCAUUUGGUACUGGUGGAUGGCACACAGGCGAAAAUCCAGAUCCUCGUAGUACAGCUACUUGCCGUGCUCAUAAGGUGCCAGUUAAUCACAAGGCACAACAAAUUCGUGGAUCUCACUUUGACAAAUUUGAUUAUGUUAUCUGCAUGGAUGAAUCAAACUUUCGGAAUUUACAGAGAUUGAAGCCUAAGAACUCCAAGGCUAAGGUUCGCCUUUUUGGAGAAUGGAAUAUCGAUGGGAAAUAUAGAAAGAUUGUUGAUGAUCCAUAUUAUGGUGGUGAUGAUGGGUUCGAAUACAAUUUUAAACAAAUUGCUUACUUUAGCGAACAGUUUUUAAAGCAAGAACUAUAG